GCGGCGGAGGAGCGUGACGUCGCUCCCGGAAAUGAGGAAGCGGCGGCGGCAGCAGCAGCGGUAACAGCAACAAGCAGCUGCCCCCAGUUUCCACGGCUUGCCUGCCUACGGGAGCCGCGAGGGGCCUGGCCCCGGAGAACUCGAAGGGAGACCCGGUGGAAUCCUUCCUCGCCUUUUCCUCCCCGGCAUCGGCGGCGUUGAGGGGAAGCAAUGCGGCUCCGCUGGCGAGGCGCGAUCGUCCCGCCUCAGUGCCCCUCUCCUCUCCCCACCGCCUAGGGGCGCCCACAAAGCCCCCCCCUCCUUCUAAAGUCAAGGAUGAGGCUGGCCCAGCCCCCCCGCCGGUGCCCAGCUCUGAAAGAAUACUGAUGGUGGAAUUGCUGCCUUUAUAUUGUAAAAAUCUACAAUAAAGUGGGGAUGUCAAGAGCUGCCACUCCACCGCCACCUGGAGAGAUGUCCAGUGGGCCUAUAGCUGAAAGCUGGUGUUAUACGCAGGUAAACUACAUAUCUUGCGUUAAAGUUGUAAAAUUUUCUUAUAUGUGGACCAUUAAUAACUUCAGUUUCUGCCGAGAAGAAAUGGGUGAAGUUUUAAAGAGUUCUACUUUUUCAUCAGGGCCAAAUGACAAAAUGAAAUGGUGCCUGAGAGUAAACCCUAAAGGGUUAGAUGACGAAAGCAAGGAUUACCUUUCAUUAUAUUUACUUUUAGUUAGUUGUCCAAAAAGCGAAGUGAGAGCAAAAUUUAAAUUUUCUCUCUUGAAUGCAAAAAGAGAGGAAACAAAAGCAAUGGAAAGCCAAAGAGCAUAUCGAUUUGUUCAAGGCAAAGACUGGGGCUUUAAAAAAUUCAUUCGAAGAGACUUUUUACUUGAUGAAGCUAAUGGUCUUUUACCAGAUGAUAAGCUUACAUUGUUUUGUGAGGUGAGUGUGGUCCAAGAUUCAGUGAAUAUAUCAGGACAGUCGAGUACAAACACAUUAAAAGUACCUGAAUGUCGACUAUCAGAAGAUUUAGGAAAUCUCUGGGAGACAACAAGAUUUACAGAUUGCAGUUUUAAUGUAGGAGGGCAAGAAUUCAAAGCUCAUAAAUCUGUUCUUGCAGCUCGUUCUCCUGUUUUUAAUGCAAUGUUUGAACAUGAAAUGGAGGAAAGCAAAAAGAAUCGUGUAGAAAUAAGUGAUGUAGACCCUGAAGUUUUUAAAGAGAUGAUGAGAUUCAUUUAUACGGGAAAAGCUCCAAACCUUGAUAAAAUGGCUGACAGUUUGUUGGCAGCAGCAGACAAAUAUGCACUGGAACGGCUGAAGAUCAUGUGUGAGGAAGCUCUGUGUAGUAACCUCUCAGUAGAAAAUGUUGCAGAGAUUCUGAUUCUCGCAGAUUUGCACAGUGCAGAACAGUUGAAAGCACAAGCAAUAGACUUUAUUAACAGGUGCAGUGUUCUUAGGCAACUUGGUUGUAAAGAUGGGAAAAACUGGAACAGCAACCAAGCAACAGACAUAAUGGAAACAGCAGGCUGGAAGUCGAUGAUUCACUCCCAUCCCCACUUAGUAGCCGAGGCCUUCCGAGCUCUUGCGUCUGCACAGUGUCCACAGUUUGGCAUUCCACGCAAACGACUAAAACAGUCAUGAAAUCUUCCAUGAACUAUAGAAAAUUAAUGACUCCUCAUCCCUGUCCGGAGGGGUUCUUUUUAACAAAACAUCUGUCCGAAUUUGUUACCCUUGUCCACUGAACAGAACCUGAAAGCUUUUGAGAAUGGAUAAUAUAUUGUUUAAUUAUCAGCUUUAAAUUAGACUGAUAACUCUCCAGUUCACUGAAAGGCCUUAACGUCAACUACUCUAGUUCAUUUGUGAUUUCCUUGGUUUUCUCUUCUUCUUAAAUUGUGCCUCGUCUUUUUGACUCGGCUAUGUAGGAUUGCACUAGCUCCAUAACGCAGUAAUGCUGAUAAAUGAAGACUGCUCUUGAAAGGGAUCUUCCUACUCUUCCUUCCUUCCUUCCUUCCUUCCUUCCUUCCUUCCUUCCUUCCUUCCUUCCUUCCUUCCUUCCUUCUUCCUUUCUCCAUUUCUUCCCUCAAUCUCAUAAUGAAGAUUAUCAUUUGGUCUUGUGGUAACUGGAAGGUUUCAGCUAGCCUCUCAUUGAAGCACUUGAACUGAAGGCCCGCAAGCACUCCAGUCCAAGGACUGUGCUUUGAGUGCUGUCUUUGAAGAGUACUGUCAGGCAUGCUGUGGCAAUAUACUACUCUAAAUAUAAUUUAUUUUCCAUUGGUUCAGGUGAGUGAGGGAUAUAUGCAAUGUCUUGACCCAGAAAUGUAUUUUUGGGAGAAUUUGCAAAUGCUUACUGUGUGAGUGGGUCCAUCGAGUGGGUUGAAAGGAGCACACAGCGACCCUUUUGGCCUGUGUUUACUUUAUGAUCCAUGGGUGUUUUGCAUUGGACUGAACCUGAGUGAAAACUAGUAUGGGGAGAGGAUAAGUGAAAUGUGCUGGGAAUAAAUAGUGGUUUCUCAAAUGGAAUACGUGGAAGGUCAAGGACGCAUAAGAA